AUGUCUUUUGCUGGCACUGACUCGGUCCUACAAGUACCAAACACUACUGUGUAUGUACAGGGUCAGGAUAAAGGACCUGGCCUCCUCUCUAUUGAAGAAUCUUGUGUCCAGUGGACGUCAGACAGUCAAACUGAUAUCAUCACGUUAGAGUAUCCCCUGAUAUCCCUCCAUGCUGUCAGUCGAGAUGCUCUCUAUCCAGACUCUGAGCUCUCUUCUGACAGUCAGGCUGACGAGGAGGAGGAGCUAGGUGAAGGAGUAGAACUGAUAGAAGAUGAAGGAUCAGCGAGAGGUCUCUUUUAUACGUCGGCAGAGGAAGGAUUCCCUCACUUGUCAUCUCAGGGAAUGGCUACAUUGCAACAUUUAGAACAAGUAAUUCAGAUGCCAAGACCUGAAGAAUUUGAAUCAAUGGUUCAAGAAGGCUAUAGCAAUGGAGGACAGUAUGAAGAUGCUAACGAAGAGGAAGGAGGAGGAGAAGAAGCUCAAUGA